UUCGAGACAAUAAAAUGGUUAAGAGUGUAGGCUGAUUAAAUUAUUACUGAUUACAUUUUUACAUUUGCAUAUUGUUUACUCUUUUUUUAACCUGGUUUAAACUACGUAAGGAAAACUGGUCACUGUUGUUUCGUCGUUGCCUAGAAACACAGACGCCAAGAAAAGUCUUCCAAACAAGCUGUCAGUUGUCAGUGUUGCAGCGCGAGACUGUAGUUUAUAUCAACAGACAAAACAACAAAAUAGACUCAUAAUCACCGUGAAAUGGAAAAGAUGCAUAUCGACAAACAUGCAACCAAUGCAGUGGAGGCCUACUUAGAAUACAGAAGGAUUGUUGGGGAAGAUGAUAGAGGGAGGAUGUUUUCAGAGGAUGAGUACAAGAAAUACAAAGAGACAGUGGUGCCAAGAAGAAUACGGAACCGCCUUUAUGUCAGUUUUGGCAUCCCGGGACAGAUAGACUGCAUACUCGUUGGACCAGAGACACCUUGCUUCUGUACACACAGGUAUAAACAACACUGCUCAGACUUUGAGGAGUUGCCAAAGGAAAGGCCUAUACUCCUGCCCUGUAGGGUCAACGGUUGUCACUGUGUGUCCUAUGAAUACGUUCAUAUCAACGGCUCUAAACCAGUGCGCUGCCAAUGCAAACACACAACCAGUGAACACACUGAAGUUACAGGGCACCUGUGCAAGAAAUGCACUCAGUGUACUGGUUAUCGAAGUCCAUUCACUUGCGGUUGUGGUCAGCCUGGAUAUGCCCAUGUGACGGUGGUUGAAACCAGGGAAGAGCGCAUGACACGGGGUCAUCCAGUGGGCAGAGCUGUUCCUUAUGCGGCUAUGGGAGGCCUGACUGGGUUCAGCUCACUGGCCGAAGGCUACCAGAGACUGGACCCCAGUGGCAUUGGCAAUGCAUAUGAACAGCACACACAAUAUCAAUGAUUUGAUGCCAUUACAAACAUAAUGUUAGCAUUAGGUUAGCACACACCUUUAGAGUCAACAUAACUCUUAUUUUAUUCAAAGUAUGUGGCUAUACAUAUAGUUAUGUGAAAAAGUUAGGACACCCUAUUGAAUUCCAUGGUUUUCUGUAUCAGGGCAUAAUAAAAAAAAAUCAUCUGGUCCUUGGCAGGUCCUUAAAAUCAUCUGGUCCUUAAAAUUUGGAAAAUAAAACCUCAGAUUAACAUA